CCUUUUUACUCCCGCUAUUCUGACUGCGUCGUUCGAGGGAUCUCUUUCAGCUAGCCUCUUGUUCCACUCUUUCUUGGAUAUGUCUUCGCCUGUUCCUCAAGAAUUUGAUUCCACCCCGCAGAUCUACUCUCGGAAAGACAAGUCACUUGGAUUACUCAGCUCUAACUUCCUCAAGUUAUAUAAUCGGGAAGGUAUUGGGACGAUUGGACUUGACGAUGCUGCUUCCCAACUAGGAGUUCAGCGUCGCCGCAUGUAUGAUGUAGUGAACAUAUUGGAGAGCGUUGGAAUUGUCGCAAGAAAAGGGAAAAAUCUGUACCUAUGGAAAGGUUUCAGAGAAAUUCCUCGAGCUUUGAACGAGCUUAAGGAGGAAGGUAUGAGAGAAAAAUUUGAUGCAUCCUACUGCAGGUCAGCUGAAACAUCAAAGAACAAAGAAAGCGGUGGCUCUGAAACUAAAACUGGUCCUUUGGCAGCGGCAUUGCGCAAAACUGACGGCUGCAGAAGAGACAAAUCUAUGGCACUUUUGACCGAGAAUUUCAUAAAGCUCUUCCUCUGUUCAGAUGUUGAAAUUAUCUUGCUUGAAGAUGCUGCAAAGGUAAUGCCGGGUGAUGCCCAGAAUUCAACUGCCUUGAGAACAAAAGUCAGGCGUUUAUAUGACAUAGCGAAUGUCCUCUCAUCAAUCAAUCUGAUCGAGAAGACGAAUCAUCCUGAGUAUAGGAAAACAGCAUAUAGGUGGUUGGGAGGGAAAGCCAGUAGAGAAUCUGAUGGCAUGUUGGAUCAAAGUGCAUCCAGGAAGAGAGUGUUUGGUGCGGAAAUUACAAAUUACAGUCUGAAGAGAAAUAAAACAGACUCUUCAAUGGAUUCGCAGUCCCAUGGAAAGGUUGUGCCAGUGCAUAAAAAACAAGAUGAUUUGGAAAAUGAAUACAGAUGUAAAACUCUGGAGCAGCCCCCUAAAUGCAGUUCGAAGGCCAUAGACUUUGGCCCUUUUGCUCCUGUCAAGUUUAGAAGAGAAGAUCCAGAGCACAGACGCAUGGGACAGGUUCAUGACAUGGAGACAAUGAGUUCUAAAUAUCGCCGAGAGUAUCACAACUAAGUGACCCAAUUGUAAAGGAUAAGUUUGUUGAUAGUGUGACGGCUGUGAUAGUGAGCAGCCUCUUUGCUCAUUACGUGGAUGCGUAGCCUGUUGAAGCAGCAGUGCGGCAGGAGAUGUCUUGAUCCAGUGGGGGUGAAUUUUCUUUCUAACUGUCUCCUUUUCACAGUAGUCCCCAGAGUGAAAUAUACGUGUUCAUUUUUUCCUCAAUGAAAAGAGUGAGAGCAUUUGUUGUAUUGCAUGUUUUCUGAUUUCUCAAGAGGUCCGAGAAUUGCCCUCUGACUGUUAACAUUAAUUUCUCCCACGCUCUAUCGUUUGUGCACAGAAUUGCCUCUAUGGUAACUUCAUGAGAUAGGGGGCACACAUAAUCAUCAAUAUCAAUAUAUUCUUCCAGUUCUAAAUA